CAGGCAACAGUGAACGACGCGCGGUUUGUGCCCGCGAUACAACAAGCCGUCAGACGGGCUUGCUCGCAGUUUGUGGGCCACAGUUGCAUUGGCUGACGGCUGACGAUAUCAACCUUUCAGUUCAGAACCAGGAAAUGGGGAGUAUUUGACGUGGUGGUGGUGGUGGUAGAUCUAUACGUCUCUGAAGAAAGCAAGUUUCGAAACACCCUGGUUUCAUUUGGAAUAUUUGUAAUUUACCUGUGGAACUUCUUUGUUUUGGAGUUCCGGAGUCAUCACGCUCCACUGUGACGAAGAAGUGACCGGAGUCUUUACCCUCCCCCACCCACUCCUUCCCUCCUUUCCCCUCCCCAUUCCCCUCCACUUCCUCUCCCUCCUUUCAUCAUAAGACAAGAGAACAGGAUGACGUCAUGGUUGCUGCUUGCGUCGGCAGUGCUGCUGUUGACCCUCGUAUCUGGGCUGCAAGACAUUCGGGAACCACCCCGCAUCACGAAGCCUGACCGCCCCCUUAAGGUUUACGCCCUGCUUGGAGACAGGGUGGAACUCCAGUGUCAAGCACUGGGAGACCCUGCGCCAACGUAUCGGAGGUGCGUUGGCCAAGGGUGUGACUGUGAACGGUACGGAGUUCCAGUACCUGAGUCUUCAGUGCCGCUUUGAGGAGGCGGCGGUAGGUCCCCAUGUGUUCUACAAGUGGUACCAGGGCACGGAUACCACAUUGCCCUUGGACAUGGACGGGGAUAGGCUGUACAUAGACACUGAGGGCACCUUGCAUUUCACGUACCUGAAGCAGACAGACAGUAAGGAACUCCCCAGGGCCUACUUCUGCUUCCAGGAGGUUCUUCCUCUGAUGAAACAGGCCAGCAACACCAGCCUGACUGUCCGGCCGGCCACAGCGACCCAAACCCUAACAUGCCCGACCUCCCUCAAAUCACUUGGAAAGACACCAGCCUGAAGGAGAUAGUGAACAACGGCAAGUACCAGUUGUCUGACGACUCUCGGCGUCUUGAGAUCCUCAACGUACAGGAGGCGGACGAGGGAGACUACUCCUGCCAGGCCAGUAACUCGGCCCAAACUACCGCCAACACGUUCGUUACUUUGGAUGUGACCUACCCGUCCAAAUUCGUCAUGUCCUCGGACAAGAAGCAGCUUACCAUACGGUCCGUGCAAAAGGCUACGGACAUUUUCUGCGUCCAGUGUCGGGUGUCCAAUCACGUGGGCAAUACCUGGGGGGAUGGCUGUCUCAAUGUCAUACGGAGGAAGAUAAAUACGACGGUAAGAUGCCUGAGACCUCGCCAACUAUCUUCACUGUGGAGAAUCCGGUCCCCAACGGCAAGAACGGACACAUUCCAGCUCCUUACACAAACGGUGGACCUCCUUCGCCCUAUGUGAAUGUCCCUCCCCAUUCACCCUAUACAAACGGCGGACCCCCUUCCCCCUACAUGAAUAGCCCUACUGCCCCACCCUACACAAACGAGGACGUGCCUGCUAUCUCCUUCACCCCCGGAGACCGCUGGGGUUCGGAGACUCACAGCCUGGAUAGCUACCAAGGCGAGGAACAGCCCGCCCCGUACAUCAACGAGAACGGAUCUCUAGUCUUGUCCUACCCCGAACCUGCACAGCUCGCAGACAGAGACCACAACGACGGACCGAGGGACUACCAGCGAGAUCCGGCUUACACUAACACCACGCCUCCGUCCUCCAGGAGGUCUGUGACCCCUGACCCCCAGCCUCCUACGUCACCACGGAGAGGUGUGACGUGGGAAGAGAUUCCAAUUGAGGGGUCAGAAAUGUCCGAAGACCCAGAGGCUCCUCAGCGGUCAGGCAGCGGACGACGCUUUGGACUGAGGGACGUGAUGCCAGGGGAGACCAUGAUAUAGAGUACAGUUGUACCUGUCCAAUACGAUCCCCUGAUUUUGGGGAAGAAAGUGUCUGGAGACACUGAUAUAGAGUACAGUUGCAUCUGUCCAAUACGACCACCUAAUUUUGAGGUAGAAAGUGUCUGGAGACACUGAUAUAGAGUACAGUUGCACCUGUCCAAUACGACUACCCUCCGUAGAAGAGGAAAUUAUUUGGAUUCAAGGAUAUAGAGUAUAAUUUAGCCUGUCAAACACUACCAACCUUUAUCGAGAAUGAAAGUGAUUAUCUAAGACAGGUGGUCUUCUUGGGCAGUGUCAAUAUAAUGAAAAUGAUAAAAAAUAAUCAAGAGGGAAUUGAAAAGUGAUCUUUUGUACUGGCGACUGUCUUGGACAGGUGGUCGUUAAAGCAGGCUCGACUGUACCCUGAUAUGGGUGGGCACAACUACCACACGCUUAUUAUAGAAACCAGCUCAAAUACAUACAUGUAUUGAGAUCACUGUCUCUCAGUCGGUGAAUCCAUUAUUUUUUCGGUCUAAUUCUCUAAACGCUCAAUUUCGGGCCAGGAUUUUUUAAAAGAGGAAUUUUCACAAUUUUCUCAUUUCCAUUACAUGUACAAUAAUAUUUUUUUCCCAAAAAUCAUCAUUCUUAUUUUGAUACGUCAUCAUAACUUCUAUGUAUUUGAAGAGGAAUCAUUUAUCUUAUUAGUCGACACUUGAAGAAAACAUUGUAAAAAAAUUCAGGACAUACGCAUUUAGAGAAAAACACCGACUAAUAACGAUGUUUAUUUUCUUAAUGCCUUAAAACCUGUUAAAUCUGACAACCCACACUGCAUUGUCGUCACAGUGGUGGGAGUGAUCAUGUUUUCGUCACGGCAUGACCAUUGGCUAAAAAUAGCAAUGUUCUUUUCUUUCAAUGAUCUUGUUUGUUGUCUAGAUCUACAAUGUAUAUAUUAUACUGUUUGAAAGCUGAGUGUAGAAAUAGAAUAACAACAGAAAUGUUUAAUUAAUUAAAGUAUUCAUCGCAUGUGUGAGAUGGAAAUAUAUUGCAGUAUUUCAUCAAUAACACGUCUGAAGCAGUUUUAUGAAGGAAUGUUUGUUCUCAUGAGAACAUGGCAUGUUAACGUUUAUUUUGAGUAGUUUUGAGAA